AUGAGGGAUCGUUUUGACGAGUUUAUAAGUUUAUGUGGGGGCCCUUCUUUUUCUUCUUUUCUAUAUAUCCCCCAGCAGCAGCAGCAGCAGCAGCAGCAGCAGCGGCUGCAGCAGCAACUGCAGCAGCAACUGCAGCAGCAGCAGCAGCAGCAGCAGCAGCAGAAAAAAAAAGAUGUAAGCUUCAAGUUUCUUGCUGGUGCUUAUCGCUGUCAGCAGGAGCUGGAGGAACUGCAGCAGCAGCUGCGCAACAGCAGCAGCAGCAGCAGCAGCAGCAGCAGCAGCAGCGGAGAUGACUUUUGCUGCUCAGGUUAUGGUGUUGCUGCUGACGUGUCGAUGCUGCUGCAGCGAGCGCAGCAGCUGCAGCAGCAGGCGCAGCAGCUGGAGCUGUAUGCUGAGGAUGUAGAAGACAUAGUCUUGCUGCAGCAGCUGCGGCAGCAGCAGCAGCAGCAGCAACAGCAGCAGCAGCAGCAGCAGCAGCAGCAGCAGCUGAAGGAUGCUCGCGCACACAGACACGGUGUCUUGAGGUGCCUAUACACCUCAAUGCAUGCAGCAGCAGCAGAGCUGCAGCAGCAAGAAGUUGCAGCAUUGAAGCAGCAGAUGGAGUGUAACAGAUUCUUUUCUGCUGCUGCUGCUGCUGCUGCUGCUGCUGAUGGAAAUCAUGGGCUUGGUGCUGCUGCUGCUGCUGCAGAUGCUGCUGCAGCAGCAGAAGCUGCUAUGCGACGCCAGAGGCAGCAGCAGCAGCAGCUGCGGCAGCAAAAACAGCAGCAACAGCAGCAGCAGCAGCAGCAGCGUGUACAGAAGGGUGCUGCAGCAGCAGCAGCAGCAGCAGCAGGAACUGAAUCCGAGCAGCAACAGCAGCAGCAGCAGCUGCUGCUGCUGCGGGAGGAUGAGCAGCAGCUAGCAGCAGCAUUUGCAGGAGAUAGUGUUGAUGUUGCGGUUGCUGGGGUGUAUAGGGAGGUGGGCCCACCCCUCUGCUGA